AGGUGUGUGUCCAGGGUUUUACUGUCUGGCGUGUCACGAAGGCACGGAGGGCUAGGGCUAUCUCGAUAUAGCGUUGGAAAACUUCUCCCCGCCUCUCUUUCAGCCUUCUCCGUCCUUGCUCACACCGCUAGCGCUUUUCUUCAUCGCUCUUCGCUUUCGCUGUCGGUCGCUGAGCAGCCAAAAUGUCGUUCAGGCGCUUUGUUGAGAUCGGGAGGAUAUGUCUCGUUAACUAUGGCGAGCACUACGGCAAGCUCGUUGCCAUUGUGGACGUCGUUGAUCAAAAUCGGGCACUAGUUGACGCGCCCGACGUGACGAGGCAGCAGAUUAGCUUCAACCGGCUGUCUUUGACGGACUUGAAGGUCGACAUCUUGCGAAUGCCCAAGAAAGACACGGUCAAGGAAGCGUUUGUAAAGGGAGAAGUUUACCAGAAGUGGGCGGGUAGUGCUUGGGGAAGGAAGCUUGAGGUCCGGAAGAAGCGCGCCGGUCUAACGGAUUUUGACAGGUUCAAGAUCAUGACUGCCCGGAUGAAGAGGAGUUAUCAUGUCAAGAGGGAAUUGGCCAAGAUGAAAAAGGCGGCGAAGGCUUGAAUUGGAAUGGGAUAACGGCUUAACCUUUGAAUUGCAAAUGGGACAACGGCACCCGGAAUGGUGGUUGAACCUGACAGGAAGAGAAGGGGGUUAGCGGUGAGAACAGGGCUGAGGGAGGUUUUUUCUCUGAGCCGAGGACAAGCCACUUUCGUUGAAUGGCAAUGGUAUAUCGCAUGGCUGCUGGUUUUUGCCCGCAGGUGAGGCGCUACUGAAGCUGCUGCUUUGGUCGCCGGGCACCCAUCGAUCUUACAUCUGACAUCCGACAUCUGGUAUAUCGAACGCUGAUGGGUCAUUUCUGGUCAGAGUCAGUCAUCGGGACUGAUCCCUUUCCUGUACAUGAAAAAUUUUGAGAAACGGUUUCGGUUUUCAAUUCAUUGAUUCCACGUUCAAAAUGCUUGCUUGGUACGCUUUGUCUCACUGUCUCGCUCUUUCGCUCUCUCUCUCUCGCUCUCUUUCUCUCUCUACGACGCACUCUGAUUCUCUUUUUCUUGUCCCCCCCUCUUUCUCUCCCUUUAUUUCUGUCUCUUUUUUUGAGGAGCCAUUUGGCCAAGCUACCGUCUAUUCCUCGAAUGGAGCUCUGUACGUGAUUAUAUUUGUACUUGGGGCAACUUUCAGUCCAGAUGCAGCGAUAAUGGCCCUGCGUUCCUAUCGGUGGAAAGAGGCUAAGAUGGUUAUGGCUGGUGUGUUUGGCAGUCACUCCUAGAGUUUUCUUCCGAUCUUUUGGUGUCUCGCUCUCUCUCCUUCCGCCCUCUUUUUGUUCUCUUUUCCGUUUCAGUGUUUCUGUUUCUCUUUAUUCUUUCUUUUUCCGGUCCUUGCAUUCGUGCUGAGUCCUAUUAGGUCUGCGUCUCAGCACUUGUCCAACUCGGAACAUUUUGAAUGUUUUUGAACGGUAGCGGCCUUUAAACUUUCAAAAUGUUGGCGUUUGACGAGUGGUGCAUCGUGACUGUUCCAUUUUCGAAAGCCAUUACCCGUUUUGUCCUUUAUCCUCUGCUUUCCCCGUCGCCUUCACCCGUGUUCUUUCACACUCUACCUUGUCCCCCCCAACAUAUAGUACCCUGAUUAUGAAUGUACACGAACCGUCCUCCCCCGGUCGGAACGGUUAAGUCUAGACGAGGUUGCGUUGUGCUUAGGGGAAGACGGUAGUCUGGCCCUGGCAUAUGGCUUCUAAGCUCGGGGUUGACUCUGAGGCAAAAUUUGUUCAGUUUAUUUUCCUGCACCUUGGUCCUUGAACUGCCGGGACUUCCCCUUUCGUUUCGGACCUGCGCCGGGAGCAGGGAUUCAUUAGCGCGGAGGAUGGGAUUAACGUUUGGAGGUGUUCAGUUUUGCUUUCGCCCCGUCUUGUCACGGUGUUCCUCCAGAAAGACGUCAGCAUCAGAAAACCAGGCGAGUUGCCCCACUAGC